UUUCGAUUGAUAUAUAAAUUAUUAACUAAUCGAAUUACGAAAAUUAAUUGUUAUUCAAUCAAUUUAUUUUAAGCAUCGUGUUAUAAUUUAAGAUGUAGUUGCAAUCGUAUUCAAUGAAAAAUGGCCGCAAACGUAAAAACAGAAAUGCGAAUUCCUACACGUUCUGCUCCUCCUCCUCCACCCAUUAGUUCAACAGCACAAAGAAAGAUUAAUUGGAAUAGCACAAAUAAUGUUUUUGGAUCUUCAAUAAUACGACAACCUAUUCAAAAGAAAAAACCACCUCCUCGGCCACCACCACCAAAGUUUAAUCAAAAUUAUUCACAAACACAAAGGGAAAAGUAUAAAAAAUCAACAAAACCAACAGAGCUUCUAACUAAUUUUUUUGGAAGAAAAAAAAAUGACAAUUCAAGUAUAACACAAUUAAAUAAUCAAGAACAAAAUACGAUAUUACAAUCAGAAAAGAUAAAUGGAUCAGUUUGUCUAAUAGAUUUUAGUCCACCUGGAUCUCCAACAUUUACCAUUCGAUCAAGUAGUGAUGGUAUUAGCAUUGAUAGUUUUGGUAGUGAUGGAAACUCAAAUCUCUCUGCAUUUACAAGUAGUGGAAACACAUCUCAAACUGAAAGUGCUUUUGAAGAUGAUUUUGAUCUUUUUGGAAUAUCUACUAAAAAAGCAUUGCAAAGUGAUCCAUGGAAAAUUAAUUCAGUAAUAGAUCCAUUUGAACCAUUAGAAGUAACUAAUUGUAAUACACUACAGUCUAUAAAACAUGUAGGAGACGCAUGUUUUUUUGCUUUCAACACAAAUAAUCAUACUAAUAAUCAAAUGAUUUACAAUCGGACAUCUUUCAAAAAUACUCAAUCAAUGCCAACUAUAAUCCGUGCAAAACCUCCAAAACCACCAGCACCAAAAAUUCUACAAAUAAAAAGAGAACAAAAAAUAAAUAAUAUUGAAAUUAAUUCAAAAUGUUUAAAUAAAAUAGUGUCUUUGACUAAGCCAAUGACAUUGGAUUUAACUAAUUCAUGGCAAAAUGAUUUAAAAGAUAGUCCUUCGCCACCAAUGCCCACAAUUCCACCACCUGCACCACCAUUAGAAUAUUUAACAGAAAUGAAUAAUGAUUCUUCAAUUAAUAAUGAAGAACCUUAUGGAAUUGCAUUAUAUGAUUUUCCAUUAACACAUGUGGGCGAUUUAUCUUUCAAAGAAGGUGAUAUAAUAUAUUUAAUAAAAAAAAUUAAUGAAGAUUGGAUGGAGGGUAGAAUAGGAAAUCAACAAGGAAUAUUUCCUAUUAAUUUUAUUGAUAUAAAAAUACCAAUGCCUGAUGUUCCAGAUAAUAUUGUUACUGCUAUUUAUCCUUUUAAAGGAGAAACAACUGAAGAUCUAUCAUUCGAUGAAGGAGAAAAAAUUACAGUACUAUCGAGGAUAUCGCAAGAUUGGUUAUAUGGAGAAAGUGGAGAUCAAAGAAAAGGUCAAUUUCCAAUAAACUACGUAAAUAGAGUCCCACGUAAUGUUUCAUUAUAUUAAUUUAUAUGUUGUAUAUUAUAAGUAGUAUGUCAAUAAUUUUUCUAUUACAACUCUUAUUUUUUAUACAUAAAAAAAUAUUUUUAUGGUAUAUUAAUAAGAUAAAAAAUGAA